GGCGGAGAGUCUCCGCUUCCGGGCUCGCUCUCGUCUCCACCUCGACGUCAGGUCCCAGGAUCGCUUCUAGAUCUCCCGCCGCUCACCGGUCGGGCGCGCGUUAUAUCGCUCUUCGCGGCUUAAACGCUGCGUGUGAACCCGGUGUGCAUGUAAGAGGAGAGAGCCUCAGGCUCCCAGGACUCCUCUCGGACGCUCCGUGCGCUAGCGCCGGCCAUCGAUCCCGGGCGCACGUUUGCACUGGGCGGUAGAAGUGGAAAGAAGAGUCCAGAUUCGAGACUGCGAGAUCUCUCAUGUUCAUCUUGAGUGAUUAGAUCUCUGAAAGGAGUGGUGGCAGCGAAUCGGGAUGAGGUGGAAGUUUAACUCUUCGGUCCACAAGCGGAUGCAAUCUAGGGAGCUUGCUGGCGCCAUGGAUCGAGAUGACGAGAGUCCAGUUCGAUUGUCGAAUUCUACUGGGCAAGAGAUUGGCGGUCCCUCGUGGAAACACUCUUUGCCGCAUGUGUGCGUGGCGACCAUCUCGUCUUUCUUGUUUGGCUACCACCUCGGUGUUGUUAAUGAACCUCUUGAAAGCAUUUCUAUGGAUCUUGGUUUUGCUGGGAAUGCUUUGGCAGAAGGGCUCGUGGUGAGCAUGUGUUUGGGUGGUGCACUUAUUGGGAGUUUAUUUAGUGGGUCGAUUGCAGAUGGGAUUGGGCGGUGCAGGGCUUUCCAGUUGGCUGCGUUGCCUAUGAUCGCUGGAGCUUGUAUAAGUGCUUCGGCGACCAGUUUGGAGGGUAUGCUUCUUGGUAGGUUCUUGGUUGGAACAGGGAUGGGUGUAGGUCCGCCUGUAGCUUCUCUCUAUGUAACAGAGGUUUCUCCUUCUUCUGUGAGGGGUACCUAUGGUAGUUUCUUUCAGAUCGCAACAUGUCUUGGACUAUUAGCAACUCUCUUUAUUGGCAUCCCAGUGAAAGAAAUCGUGGGAUGGUGGCGAGUGUGCUUUUGGGUAUCUGCUGCUCCUGCUGCUUUACUUGCUCUCUGCAUGGAAUUCUGUGCUGAAAGUCCACACUGGCUCUAUAAGCGUGGAAGAAUUGGUGAAGCAGAAGUUGAAUUCGAGAGACUUUUAGGAGGACCUCAUGUCAAAUCAGCAAUGGCAGAAUUAGCACGUUCAGACAAAGGGGAUGAUGCAGAAGGUGUUAAGUAUUCAGAAUUGUUCUAUGGUCGCCAUUUUCGAGUUGUUUUUAUUGGAACUACGCUGUUUGCUUUACAACAGUUAUCAGGCAUAAAUUCUGUAUUCUAUUUCUCUUCGACCGUUUUUAAAAGCGCGGGGGUGCCCUCAGACAUUGCCAAUAUAUGUGUGGGGUUUGCUAAUUUAUCAGGUUCAAUUGUUGCAACACUUUUGAUGGACAAACUAGGAAGGAAGGUUCUACUGUUAGGGAGCUUUCUAGGCAUGGCUGCAGCAAUGGGUCUGCAGGCCGGUGCAGCAAAUUUUCAUCACCUAGGUUCUGGGACGUUGUAUCUCUCUGUUGGUGGAAUGUUGUUAUUUGUCUUGGCAUUUUCGUUAGGAGCUGGCCCUGUUCCUGGUCUUCUUUUGCCUGAAAUCUUUCCCAACAGGAUUCGGGCAAAGGCUAUGGCUUUAUGCAUGUCUGUGCAUUGGGUGGUGAAUUUUUUUGUUGGUCUUCUAUUCUUGCAAUUGUUGGAGCAACUGGGACCACAGGUUUUGUACUCAAUAUUUGCAACCUUUUGCUUGAUAGCAGCAAUAUUUGUGCGGAGGAAUGUUGUGGAAACAAAAGGCAAGUCACUUCAGGAAAUCGAAAUAUCACUCCUACAACCUGAGGAAAGGUGAAGACAUGCAAAAUGUUAAAAUCCCAUCCGUCCACUUGCAUACUAUUGCAGCUGUCAUCUGGGAGCUUAUUCAAUUUGCUGGUGUUAUAGAAAGUAUGAUAAAUGCAUAAGAUACAUGUAGCAAGAGUAAUUAGUGUGAAGGAAACUAGUAGCUGUUAACAUAAAAGAGAUGAGUUCCGUUCAGGAAGCUUUAUGUCGUUCUGGUGUAGUUCCUCCCAGUUUUUUCUUCUAUAUUAUUGUUGGGUCGAGGUGCCAUGAUAUUUGUAUUAAUUUCCGUGGAACGGUUCCUUUGUGUUCUGAAUUAAGUGCUGCGGUUGGUGGUUGUGUUACUAUAGCUUUAUCUGUUUUCGGUUGCUCUUCGACUCUUGAUCGAACUCUGUUAUCAAUUCACUUUCUGGUCAGUAGAAUAAAUAAUGGAGCAGGGACAGAAAUAGGAAAUCUUGAGACUGCUCUGAUGCUUUGUGA